GCGGCGGGGCCGCGGCGGGCGACUGGAUUCCUCUGCUGCGGAGGAGGUGGCGGGGCCCCUGCGCGGCUCGGCGGCGGGGAGGGAGACCAUGCGGAAAGUGGUGGUGGUCACCGGGGCCAGCAGUGGCGUUGGCCUCGCGCUCUGCAAGCGGCUGCUGGAGGAAGACGAUGAGCUGCACCUGUGUUUGGCGUGCAGGAACGUGGGCAAAGCGGAGGCUGUCCGCGCGGCGCUGCUGGCCGCUCACCCCGCCGCCGAGGUUAGCGUCGUGCAGGUGGAUGUCAGCAACCUCCAGUCAGUCAUCCGGGCCGCCGGGGAGCUCAAGCAAAGGUUUCAGAGAUUAGACUAUGUCUAUCUGAAUGCUGGGAUCAUGCCCAAUCCACAGCUGAAUAUCAAAGCACUUUUCUCUGGCCUCUUUUCAAGAAAAGUGAUUCAUAUGUUCUCCACAGCUGAAGGAUUGCUGACCCAGGAAGAUAAAGUCACUGCUGAUGGGUUCCAGGAGGUGUUUGAAACCAAUGUCUUUGGCCACUUUAUUCUGGUUCAGGAACUGGAAGCUCUCCUCUGUCACAGCGACAGUCCUUCCCGCCUCAUCUGGACAUCAUCUCGCAAUGCAAGGAAAUCUAAUUUCCACCUUGAGGACAUCCAGCACAGCAGAGGUCAGGAGCCCUACAGCUCCUCCAAAUACGCAAUUGACCUACUGAGUGUGGCGCUGAACCGGAACUUCAACCCACGGGGUCUGUAUUCCAGCGUGGUGUGCCCAGGCACAAUGGUGACCAGGAUGACCUGUGGAAUUCUCCCUCCCUGUGUGUGGACAGUCCUGCUGCCCAUCAUAUGGCUGCUUCGCUUUUUUGCAAAUGCUUUCACUUUGACGCCGUACAACGGAACGGAAGCCCUGGUAUGGCUUUUCCACCAAAAGCCCGAGUCUCUUAAUCCUCUGACCAAAUAUCUGAGUGCCACCACUGGCUUUGGAAGUAAUUAUGUAACAACCCAGAAGAUGGACCUAGAUGAAGACACUGCUGAAAAAUUUUACCAAAACUUACUGGAACUGGAAAAGCGUAUUAGGGACACCAUUCAAAAAACAAAUAAUCAGAGCUGACGAUGACACUCUCUGAAACAUCGCAUACCUACUGUGCAUUCUGGGUUUCUGUUGAGUUGGGUGAUGUGCCUGUGUGGUAAAGAGUGAGCUGUAAUUGUCUCUUUUCCCUCCUUUCAGGAUUGUCUCUAAGACUGUAUGCGUGCACAUGAGAAAAAGAUUGAUAAGUAAAAUAUGAGUUAGCUGUUCUCCAGAAUGUGCUCGAGUCACCCAACCAAGGAUGUGUUUGUUGGUUCUGCCGACUGGAGCCCAAGCUCCACUUGGUGGGAUGAGGUGUGGACUCAAGUAGUCAUGACACAGGCACUCACCAGCCCUGCAAAUUGGCCUGCCGGAACAGGAGCAAGUACUGUGCACUCUCUGAGUGGUAAUCUGAGCUUUGUUCCUUUUCUUAUGGACAGUUUUCUUAGGUCUUGUACCUUAUUUCUUCCUCCUUGUGGUGCUUCUAAAAAUCCCGAGACUGUGGGGCAUCUGGGUGGCUCAGUCAGUUAAGGCGUCUGACUCUUGAUUUCACCUCAGGUCAUGAUCUCAGGGGCGAGAGAUUGAGCCCCGAGUUGGGCUCCGUGCUCAGCAUGGGGUCUGCUUGGGAUUCUCUCUCUCCCUCUGCCCCUCCCCCCGCUCACGUGCACACACGUGCUCUCACUCUCAGAUAAAGAAAAUCUUUAAAAGUCCUGAGAUUGUUAGAAUCCUAACAGUCCUAGUACAGAUAUCCAUGUAGUUAAUCGCAGGAACAAAAUUAUAUAUGUGUUUGGGCACUUGAAUUCUUUCUUCCUUUGGAAGUGUCUUUCAUUGAGGUCGAGGUGGUCUGCGUUAAUGUUGGGCCUGACCUUUAACACCAUUUGCAAAUUUGUUCAUUGCCGACCAACCUGUUUUUCAUGAUAUACUUUAAUGUAUGCAAAUGUGCAGUAAAAACUUAUUUACUCACAUUGUUUCAAAAGAAUUUUCCAGUUGAAUAAUUGCAGGUGGGAUAUCUGCUGGUAUUAGCAGUGGUUGGAAGUGGUUUGCAUAUAAAGACAAAAAUGCUAAGAUGCCUAGAUGUUUUUACCCUACAUACAACCACUAUACCUGAAAUAUAAUAGAGUGAGCAAAAUUUGAAUGACUUGAUAAAAGUGAAAAAUUGUAUGGAAAUGUAGUUUCUCUAUAUUCUAAGUAUGAAUUUUUUGGUUAUAGUUUCCCUCAUUUUGUUGGUAAAGAUAUUUUUAAUAAAGUUAAGCCUUCUGUAUGUGAAAACGAGGGCUGAAUGCUUCUGCACACUCCCUGCUGUCCUUGAGAAGGGGUGAGGUUGGAGAGCUGAGAGCAGCGCUGGGUUGUGCUCUUGUGAUCACUCACGCUGCAAGUGUGUGAGAAGCACUUUAUGGUCAAUCUCAGGUUCCUCAUCUAUAAAGUGGAGUCAUGCUCUUUCUGCUUUCUCUGUUCGCGGGUGUGGAGGAACGUUAAAUGCCAUAACACAUGUGAAUGAAUAAAGAGCAUUUUUGAGAAUGAUAACAGUACGGUUUUUCUUAGAGGUGGAUAAGCCAGAGUGUCAUGGUUCAAAUGAUGCAACAUAAGGCGCUGAGCGACAUUGUCCUGUCUGACUGAGAGUUCGGUUUUCUGAGUGUUGAACCUUCACUCAGGAGGCAGCAUCUAGACAAGCAAGAAGGCACCGGGGCAGGAGCAUGGGCGCUGGGAUGGGGAGGACACUGGAUCAAAUUUGGGUUCAGUCAUUAACUAACUUGAUAACUUAGGGCAGAUUACUUCAGUUUAUACCUUGAUUUAAUUACAAAAAUAUCGCUACCCGUGCUUACCUUGAAGAAUUGGAAGACUAUGUCCUAGUAGAUGCAUAGUCAGUACAAACUAUUAUUUAUUUCUGUUCUACUGUAAGUGCCCAAAAGGAGACUUUAAGUGGGAACUAAAUCCUGGUAUCAUGCCAUUUAUGAUGUAUCAGUAGGUUGGUACUCUGUAUAUUUUCUGAGCCAUUUUAUCAAAUUUCCUUGAAAUGGAGAACAAAUCACGGCCCCCCUUUGCCCCUCCCAAGUGCAUACCCUAAGUGGCAUACCUCAACAGUUGGUUCUUGUCCUUAAGUUAUCCCAGAUUUCAGUUUUUAUACCUGAACUUGGCUACUAGGUUGAAGAUUCAACUACUAGGAGUUGGGCUCCAGGAGAUGCCUGAUUUUUCUCUUAUA